AUGGGAAUUGGAGGCUUGGGCAUUUGGGGUUUGCGAAAGCUGUCAGCUGUAUGGGCUCUUAUUGGAGGAGUCCGGGAUAUCUCGAGAGCCUACAUCUCCGAGUAUCUGUUUGAUGGCAAAUUUUCAGAUGUAGAUGUGCGAAUGACGUCGGAGAUUCAUCGCAUACUUGCGCUCGGCCAAGCCACACUUGAACCGAAAGGGCAAGUCUGGCGGCAAAGGGCGUCAACAAAAGGUGUAUUCGGAGCCGCCGUUGGAACCAGGCCUGAUGCUUCAACCGCAAAGAGUGGCGGUCGUUGCAACUGGCCCGAUGACCAUGAUGCCAAACUGAUGCCGAGCGAGGAUAAGGCUUUGCAGGCUGAAUCUACAGUCGGUGACUUUCCAAGCUGCCAAACCUCGAAGACGCGGUGUGGCAUCUCACUUGACAGCUUGAGCACCGCCAUCCUUCUUCCAGCCUUUUGCAGGCAUCACCGCUCUCCUUUCCUGCCUCUCCCUUCCCGGCCUCCCAAGAUGGCGACCAAAAUCGACAGGCACAUUGGCUUGGCGGGUGAUCUGACCCCGACGACCGCCAGCGACACUUCGGCUGCUGGCUCGCCCAACAGCUCAGAGCCUGCAUCUCCGAAGAGAACAUUAAUGAAAGACGAGGUCUUGGCUUGGCAGCAAGAGCUGCUUCAAGAAUUUUCGUCACCUGCCUUCCAAAAGAGACUGCGACAAGCUUCCAGUCUGCAAGCGGCUGAGUACGAGAAAGCCCGAACGGCUUUAGUGCGCGAUGCACACCGGGCGGUGGCUCCUCAGCACGGCUUCCCUGCCACGGAUUUUGGCAUUGAGCAGAUGCUCUUGGCCGUGGACCUGUUUCGGGAUGACAUGGAUGUGUCCGUCAACCAGCAGAUUAUCCAGGAGCACUUGGUGGCGUGCGAGGUGCCAGUGCCUGGCAAAGAGCAAGCGGCUGUGCCGCUGGGUCACGACAAGAAGGCGCUUGGCAGGAGAGAUGUAAUCAGACUGCUCAAGAGCCUCCAAGUCAGUUUCAGCGAGCCAAACUUUCAGCAGGAGCUUGCAAAGCUGAAGGAAUCGGACGUGAACGCAUCUGGCAUAGCAGAGGCCAAGGGCUUCCUCCAGCUUCCUGGACGAAAUGAACUUGCUUUCGCCGUCCAGGAGCAGUUGGCUCCUUGCUUUGGCUUUGAGGCCAGCAAGCAGGGGAUCCUAGCAAUGAUCUCGACGUGUGCGCAGUUCCUGAUGGAUCCGGAGAUCUCCGAGCUGUUUGAUGCCGUCAACAUGUACCGUCCUCGGUUGCAGACUUACCUUUGCACCGCCUUUUGUCUUGGUCCGUGA